AUGUCCUCCAACCAGAACACUGCAUCAUCCAGCGCCGCCUUUGUUACUUCGGCUUCGAGGGACGCCGCAAUGUUGAGGCGCGUUAGUCCGAUGAGGCACUCGGCGCUGUUUGAAGAGCUUGUGCAAGGCAUCGCAAGCACUAGGAAUGUAUUUGUCAUGUCGGGUGACGCGGCGAUGGCUGGAAGUGGACUUGCUAUGCUCCAUCAGACGGCUGAAGGGGGCUCUGGCAAUAGCUACUGGGACAUGAUCAGAAAUGCAACCCAGGACGUCAUGAAUCUGUCCGAAGAUCAUCUUGCCAGAUACAAUCGUGUCAUGGCCCUUCGAAGAAUCAAGGCGCGCUCAGCCAAUUGCAACAGGUACAUUGACUAUCUGGAGCGACUUGCUAGCGCCAACAGCCUUGCCGGAUGCGUGACCGCGAGCAUUGACGGCCUUGAAGGUAGAUGGUCUGCCAACGUGGCCGCAAAGGUUACCGGUCUUUAUGGAGACAACAGUCGUCUCCGCUGCUUGACAUCCUCGUGUCAAGGUCUGGGUGAGGCCGCAACCAAGGAACUCGACGACAUCUUCACAAACCCGCCUAAUCUCAAGCCAAGUGGGGAUGAUCCGCGAAUCUGCAAAGACUGCACAAGAAAAGACCUCAAGGAUAAUAAGCUGCGUCGAAGCGGAAACAACAAAACCCGAUCAUUGCGGCCAAGUGUUCAGUCCCGCGUGGCACUAUCAUUUAUUCCGGUGGAGAUUCCCGACUACAAUGACCCAACUGGGGACUAUGUCGAUGACUCCGCUUGGGAAGGCAGCAAGGUUAGCCGAUCGAAACAUGCACGCGGCAAAGGCAAGGAGAAGAUUGUCGAGAAGCCUGAGGUGAUAGUGAUCAGCGAUAGCAAGGAUUCCGAUGACAGCGGUCCUUCAACUCAGCCAGCGCUCAGGUCCAGACGAAGGAUGAAGAAGCACACUGAGCUCACGCAGACGGAGUCGACUCCCCAGUUCUACGACGGGGAAGCUUACCUGUUUUUGCUCGUGGGCCCACCGCCCCAGGAUCCGGAAGUUCUUCAUUUGGUCCACGCUUUCGCCGACUCUGUGCAUAGCAGAGCUGGCGCAGUUAUCUGCCUGAGCGAAGUGCCAUUGCCUGGUACCAAGUACGACUAUAUCGAUUUCCAGCUGGAAGGCGAUCUCAAUCUUACGUUUGGGGAAAUUUUGCGGGCGAUGGAACAGAUGGCCGCCAUGGAAGCCUAUGGCUCGGCCCCACCCAGACUAGCCGAUAGCGACUUGUGGUUUGAGCUACUUCGAAGGGAUGUAUCCGUCCGCCAGACGGAAAAGGAGACCUUGUGCACGGAAUGUUCAGCACUGUACUGCCACCGUCAAGUAGACAACGACAGCGAAGACAAUGAUCCGGAGGAGUCAGGCUCUGGCGAUGAUGAUUUUGCGUACCACGACGCGUGCCUUAUCUUCGACUUCUUUUCUCAGGAGGGAACCAGAAGCAUUGAAGAUGCGAAGGAAUCAUUCGUGUGCCCAGAUUGUUGGGACCAUCAUAAGGAUGGUUUGUACCCGCAUUUUGUGAAGCCUAUAUGCCGAGACUCGGUUGAGCUUCAAACCAGCAAAUGGCCUCGUCUGGCUAUGGUUGUCUACUAUCUGCAGGAGUUCUGGCCUCAGACGCAACACUUGAUAACCAUGACCAGCGGGCUUUGGAAACAGCUGGGAUGGGAGUUUCAAGGCUUUUCCGUGCGACUACAGCACUUGCAAGACAGGAGCGAUGUCACAGCUCAGUUGCAAUGGGAAGCAGGAUCUUUUCAAUUUAUGGUGGUGUUCAUUACACAUGGAUUGACAGGAGAUCAGGGGUACCAACUAGACGACUCCGAAGCUGUGCCUCCUCUUAAUCUGCUGCAAUUAACACUACCAGUGGCACGAACGGCAGUCAAUGGUGCCAGCCUGACCUCGGUGUUUUUCUUUGCCUGCGGUCAUCCUAUGAUGAGCCCGACCACGGUGUCAAUGCUUCAAGAUUGGGUGAACGAGGACGAAGAACAACGAACCCUGAUUGCAUGCCUUAACAAAAAAUUGUUGCCGGUCUACAUGUUCAAUUGGUUGAACAAGGCCACAAAGGCUUUAGCUGAAGAGCCCGAUGCGGCCCAAAAGACGCUACGUCUGAGUUGGCUCAGGGACAGCAUUGCACCGAGUCACUCAGAUCUUCUGUUCAUGAGCAAUGGGCAUGCUGCAGAGAUGUGGCUAUACGCGCCUUUCCAAAGCCGGCCUUUGGGGAGACCGUUACCAAGCCUGUUGAGUGUAUGCCCGUGCUCAUCGGAAGGCGAGAACCAGCGCCGGAAAAAGAUCUGGAAAGUGGAUCACAACGGCAAAUCAGGUAAACAGCUCUGCGACGUUGAGGUUAAAGCCAUAUGCCGAGCAUGUAGACAGAAGUGGCCUCUGCCUCAGGAAGACAUGAAGGGUAUCUUGGUGAAAGUAAACGGGGUCUAUGCCGCAAUUGUUCCAUACUUUUUGUAA